UUGUUUUGUCACGAUGUGGAGUGCACACUUCGGGCUGAGAAAGGCAGCAAUACGCCAAAAAGCAUCUAGUUUGCCGGAAAUUCACACGAAGAAGAAGUGUUCACGUAGUACGCACGACGUGUUGUUGUGCGUGGAAUCUGACCAGGCAGCUUAACGCAUUUGGGAACAAAUGUUUAUCUUUAAAGCACAUCUGAUGCUAUAAUUAACAAUUCGUUGGUUGUAUGGGAGAUUGAAAGUGCAGUUUUAUUUUUUACAAGGGAUCAAGAACACGUUCACUUGCUCUAAAAUAUGGCUUCGUCUGAUGGGAACAAAAACACGGAACCAUGGGGCGGUUUUGAUGACAACAUUAUCCAGGGCACUGGUUCAGCAGUGAUUGACAUGGAGAACAUGGAUGACACAUCAGGCUCCAGCUUUGAGGACAUGGGGGAGAUGCACCAGCGCAUGAAGGAGGAGGAGGUGGCAGAGGAGGCAGAAGCAACUGAAGAGGAGACUGGGGAGGAUGGCGAGUUUCUGGGCAUGAAGGGUAUCAAUGGCCAGCUGGGGAGACAGGUGGCAGAUGAGGUGUGGCAAGCAGGAAAGCGUCAGGCUUCCAAAGCUUUCAACCUAUAUGCCAACAUAGAUAUUCUCCGGCCGUACUUUGAUGUAGAGCCUAUGCAAGUUAGAAACAGGUUGAUUGAAUCAAUGAUACCCAUCCGCAUGAUACAUUUUCCACAGAAGAUUGCUGGGGAGCUGUAUGGGCCCAUGAUGCUGGUGUUCACGCUGGUGGCCAUCCUCCUGCAUGGAAUGAAGACAUCAGGAACAGUUAUUAGAGAGGGUACUCUGAUGGGCACAGCCAUAGGGACAUGCUUUGGUUACUGGCUGGGAGUUUCCUCCUUCAUAUACUUCCUGGCAUAUCUGUGCAACGCCCAGAUCACAAUGCUCCAGAUGCUGUCUCUGCUGGGUUAUGGUCUUUUCGGGCACUGCGUGGUUCUCUUCGUCACCUACAACGUCCACUUCCACUCCUUGUUCUACAUCCUGUGGCUGGUCGUAGGAGGGCUCUCCACACUGCGGAUGGUGGCUGCUCUCAUCUCUCGGACCGUGGGCCAGACACCACGCCUCAUCCUCUGUGGAACACUGGGUGCUCUGCAUAUGCUCUUUCUAUUCUACCUGCACUUCGCUUAUCACAAGAUUGUUGAAGGUAUCCUGGACACAUUGGAAGGACCCAACAUGCCCCCCAUCCAGAGAGUGGCCAGAGAUUUGCCUGUGGUGGCCACCUCUGCUAUGAAUGCUGUGAAUACCACAGUGAAGAUCCUUGGUGUUAUUCUGCAGUCACAGUGAUGGUGUGUCCAACGUCAAAGAUGAUACCACAGGCUCAUGAGCUUGAAUUCCAUAGUGGUGGUGUGGUGUAGAUAAUACAGACUGAAGUGAAGGUCAAAGACCAUGUUGGUGACUGGUUAUAGUUGACAUUUGACCUUCAUCAUUAAACAUGAACAUUGUCUCAGUAAACACAACACCAUCAGUUCACAACAACUCUUACAACUUUAAUUCUCCAUGGGAAAUGACAUGCUUACCCUGGUUGUUUAUAUUGUACCUAAUCAAAAAACGACAUGAUGGAGUGAGAUGUCAUGUUGGUGCUGUAACUCUUUUCAAAUGAUAGAAAAUUGCCUCCCUUUUCAUAGGGGUCUUGUAUUUGUUAAAGCAGCACGAGUGCACUACGAUUCCCAGCUGUUUGCAUUUGUACUCAUGUUAAGACUAAUUAAUCUCCAACUCGACACUUUCUCACCUCUUGUAGGCUUUGUUACACGGGUUAUGGUGAUAACAUCAAUUGAUGUUUUACAAUUCUAGACAUUCAAUGGGAGGAAGGUUCUAAAGCUGUGUGUGGUGCCUUCUAUUGUUUUUCGAAGGAAUUAUGAUUAUCAUGUAUGCUAUGGGGUAAAUUAGAGUUUAAUCUCUUGUUUUACACAAUGCACAUCCAUUGUCUGUAAUUUUAAUAACCUAACCAGAAAAUAACCAGGUAUGCAGUUGAUAUGUCAUAUGAGAUAUGUAAUAGUGCAUUAACUUAUGAAUAUUGUUUAUCCUAAUCAGCUUUUGUUUCAUCCAGUCAUUUGUUUUGUGCAUUAUUUGUGCUUCCUAACAACAUUGUUUUUGGGUGGGAUGCAAGGUGACCUCUUUUAUUUUUAUUUUACAUGUGAAAAUGUAUUUAUACGGUUAUUGUACAGAAAGAUACAAUGGAAAUAAACUUUGACCUAAGACAA